UCACAAGAACAACAGCGAGUAAACUACAAGUUGCGGAAGGGGCAAUGGAGAGAAUAAUGUUAGGGAUUUCUGUACGUGAUCUUGUCUCCAAUUCUCUUUAAUAUAUACUCAGAAGAAGUAUUUAAGACAGCGCUGGAGAAAAGCACAGAAGGCAUAAAGAUAAAUGGAGAAAUAAUUAAUAUCAUAAAAUAUGCUCAUGACACUGUGAUUCUAGCAAGUAGCAUGGAGGAACUGAGUUGCCUAAUGAGUAAGAUACAAAAAACAAGUGCACAAUACGGACUCAGACUAAAUAUCACAAAAACCAAAUGGAUGUUAGUAAGCAAAACCCAACAACCACCACAGCAACUGAUAUUAGACAAUGAAAGAAUUAAACACGUGGAUUCGUACAUCUACUUGGGAACAACAGUUAACUCAAAUUGGGAUCAAGCAAAGGAAAUACGUAUAAGAGUAGAAAAGGCAAGAGCAUCGUUUACUAGCAUGAAGCAAAUUUUCACCUCUAACAACCUUACCCUACCUCUAAAAAUUCGAGUUCUGAAGUGUUAUGUAUUCCCGGUUUUGUUAUAUGGAAUGGAGGCGUGGACAAUGACCGUAACAUUGACGAAAAAAGUAGAGGCCUUCGAAAUGUGGUCUUACCGACAUAUAUUACGUAUAUCCUGGACUGAGCACGUGACCAACGAAGAGGUACUACGCCGGAUAGGUAAAGAGAGAGAGGUAGAAAUAAGUAUAAAGAAAAAAAAGUUGGAAUACCUGGGUCACGUUAUGAGACAAAAUAAAUAUAGAGUACUACAGCUGAUCGUUCAAGGGAAAAUAGACAGCAGAAGGGGUCCAGGGAGGAGAAGACACUCGUGGCUCCAAAACUUGCGGCAAUGGUUCGGAUUGUCAUCUGCUGAACUAUUCAGAUCUGCCGUAAACAAAGUCAGAAUAGCCAUGUUGAUUGCCAACGUUCGGAACGGAAAAGACACAUGA